AUGGGCCGGUCGAACGGAUACAGAAAUGUAUAUGGAAAUAAUCCUGGAAAUGGUACUUCACAGGCAGAAUAUCAGGCACAACCGAUAUUCACAGACAACCCAAAUGGAAUAAUCGGGACUUCUGAUCCUGUCACACAGAUUCUCAAUCAGCCAACUAUCGUUAUUCAGAGGCAGAUUGAAUUCAUGAACUUGUUUCUUGGGUUUGAGCAAGCAAAUAAGUAUUCGGUGAUGGAUUCAAUGGGAAAUCAGAUCGGAUGGCUCAUUGAGAGAGACUUCGGUAUAGGCAAGGCCAUAAUGCGGCAGGUAUAUCGUCUUCAUCGACCAUUUACUGUUGACUUGUUGGAUAACAACGGAAACUUGUUGCUGACUAUUAGAAGACGCUUUAGUAUCAUCAACUCGCACAUUAAAGCCAUUCUUCCUAACGUGAGAUCUCCCAACGAUCCAGAUGGAAUUGUUGUUGGCGAAUCUGUGCAAAGUUGGCAUCUAUGGAGGCGUAGGUACAAUUUAUUCGGACGGGGUACUGGAUACGAAAAUCCAGUUGGUGCAAACCAGGACGAGGAAAGCUUUAUACAGUACGGAAAGAUUGACAGUGGCUUUCUAAGCUGGGAUUUUCCGGUUUACAACAGAGAUAAGGAGGUUGUUGGUGAUGUGUCACGGAAUUUCGGUGGUCUUUUCAGGGAGAUGUUUACCGAUACUGGUGUGUACAUUGUGAGAAUGGAUCCAAUCAGCUUUCAGGGAAUGGAGAACUAUUAUGGCCAAAUAUCGAACCGCUCGUUAACGUUAGACCAGAAAGCUGUGAUGUUGGCAAAUGCUGUUUCAAUUGAUUUCGACUACUUCAGCCGGCACUCAUCUCAAAACUCCAGCUUUUUCAUGAUUGGUGGAGGCGAUGACAUCUGA